UUGCUGGCCAUUGUUAGGCCAAGAGGUUCUGGCUAGCCACUGAAGGAAGGGACGCACCGUGAAUCCUUCCACAGCCAGCAGCCAUGAUUGGAAAGACAGGCAUCUUGCUAGUUGCCCCUCUGUUCUUCCUGUGUGUUCAAGCAGGUCUUUUGGACGAUGAGAAGAAAAUUCUAAGUGAAUUCAAGAAAAAAUACAACAACAGUGUGUCUGAUUUAAUCUUCAUGAUGGACGUAUCAGGCAGUGUUCCAAUGUAUGGAUUCAACUCUGAAAAGGUCUUCGUGGAGAGUCUACUUAACGAGUUCAGCGUUGCACCGUAUUCCACUCGAGUAGCGGUCAUCACAUUCGGAGAGUUCGUUAAGACGGAUAUUAACUACAUCGACAUUGACCCCAGCGAUACUAUGAGGAGCAAGUGCGAGUUCAAGAACAUUUUUGAACACCGCAUCAAGCAUAGAUGGGGCCGAGCCACUAACAUGAGAGACGCGUUCCAGCAUACCAUUAACGUGAUAAAGAACGCGAAAGCCCACAAUCGUAAGCGACACAAUGUGCAUACAGUGGCAAUGAUGAUAACGGAUGGCUGGUGGAAUAUGGGAGACCCAAAGUAUAACGCGGACACUCUGAAAAAUACCUACAGCACAGAAGUGUUUUCAGUAGGUGUCGGCGGCUACAGAGAAUGGCAACUCCAGGCAGUAGCAUCGUCCAGCUCGCAUGUCCUCAAAUUCCAUGACUUUUACAAGUUUAAGCAACUGGCUAUGUAUAUUAGGGGAGAUGCACACGAGCGAAUUUACAUGGCGGUACCGUCCGACAAGUGCACACAAAGUUCAGGUUGUGACAGCAACGCCAAAUGCACCUGCGGUACGGUCAGCGGACUGUACCAGUGCGUCUGCAAUGCAGGCUACUACGGCCCAGGAACCCCCGGCCAAUGCUACAAAUGCCGCAAGGGGUCGUAUAAAAAGUUCCCGAGCCCCGAAGAUUGCACUGCAUGCCCUGCCAAAUCUUCAACUGCUGGUUUGGGAAGUACCAACAUCGUAGACUGUAAAUGUAAUGAGGGCUACGAAGGAAAUCCCUCCGCAGAAAAACCCUGCCUACCCGUGCAGUGUGUGCCGAUCUCACCUCCACAAAAUGGCUACUUGGUGGGCGGUGCGUGCGAUUACAAGUACCAGUCUACAUGUGAGGUAGCUUGUAACAAAGGCUAUACCCUUCACGGCACAGCCACACGCACUUGUCAGAAAACCAAGAGUUGGAGCGGAACGGAAGCUUACUGCCAAAUCGUUAGGUGCACCCCCUUGCCCCUACUCACUCAUGGGACCAAGUCGUGUACUGGCGUUGGUAACGGACAAUACUAUGGCGAGAAGUGCUCGUACACAUGCGACCAGGGCUAUGACCGCAAAGGGAGUGCGGAGCGGACAUGCCAGUUGGACGGCACUUGGACCGGACAGCCAACUUCGUGCGUGGCAAAGCUUUGCCCUGCACUACGCAAACUGCCAUUCGGAACUGUCGAGCCCGUAGAUUGCCUGACCACACCGCAGCCGUACACCCGCGCAUGCGUGAUGAAGUGCUUCAAGGGAUACACCUUUAGCGGCAGUUCACCUUUGACGUGCGGUGCCGAUGGAGAAUGGCAAGGGACGUUCCCAGCUUGCACAGAUAAUCAGCCCCCUGUCAUUAGAUGCCCACUGCCAGUCAACAGCAACACAGAUCCUGAGCGUAACACCAAGCGAGUCACGUGGGAGUUACCUGUUGCCCAGGACAACGCCGAACUACACGACCCGAACGCCAGACCGACAGUGACGUCAUCUGAGCCCCUGAUCACCUCGCCCUAUAACUUCCCCAUUGGCACGACUAGAAUAGUGUACACUGCUACAGACAAGAGUGGGCAGACUGCGCAGUGCACCUUCACUGUUAAGGUGGUGGAUAACGAGCCUCCAUUUAUCUUCUGCCCGGACAACAUGGAAGUACCAGCAGCAAAGUCAGGACCAUCACUUGUAUUUUGGCAGCCUCCACACUACUUUGACAACUCAAAAGGGACUGUUACCAUUUUCACUGGACAUGUCAACGGAUCAUCAUUCCAAACUGGAUCCACCACAGUCAAAUACACGGCUACCGACGAGGCAGGCAACGUGGGAACGUGUUCCUUCGUCAUCCUCGUGACUAAGACCCGCUGCAAAGCUUACGAUCCGCCAAUCAACGGCGCUAUCACUUGCCAGGACUUGGCCAUCGCCGGAGGGGAUUACUGUUCAGCCAUGUGCAACGGGGGGAAAGAGUUCUCAAGCAGACCUGCUACCUAUUACAUCUGCAAGACUGAGGGCUUUUGGCAAAUUUUUGAUUGGCCGAUGCCGGGACAAGAGCCAGCUAAUGACACUAUGCCCUGGCCGGACUGCACAGAGGUACUUGAUCCUAGUGGAGAAAAGAAAGGCAUGGAAUGGCAAUACCUGAGUGGGGACUGCUCGAAUCCCAACGUCCAGCAGGAGGCGAAGCGAAAGUUUAUAGACGGCUUGGCGGCCAUCAUUGGUGGUGGCGAUCCAACAUUCUGUUCGUGGAGUGGAGCAUGUAGGGUUGCCAAUGUCCGGGUUACCUGUGGUGCAAUGCAAACAGGGAGAAAGAGGGGACUGGCGAACACGUUGAUGAUCGACUUUGAUAUUGAAGUAACAGCAAAGGGUAUGACUGAUGACGAACGUAAGAAGAAACUUGACGAAUACGUAAAUAAAGUAAAGGCAGAAACACAAGGAAAACUUGCAAGUCUUAACAUUCCAGGAGUUACUAGCACCUUCUACAAAAUCCUCAAGGAGGACUUACAGCCCUCUCCUGUCUGCAGAAACGGAUCGGUGUAUGAACUCAACAAGGAGAAUAAAAAGAAAUGCAUGAGUUGCCCUCCAGGAAACUUCUACGAUUCUGCGCAGUCGCAGUGCGUGUUAUGCCCAUGUGACACGUAUGAGCAUAACACAGGUAGCCUGGCUUGCCAGAAGUGUCCCAGUGGAACCUACACAUUCAAGAGUGGAACAAAGAAAGGCAGCGAGUGCAAACCUGUUUGUCAGGCCGGAACUUACUCCACGACUGGCCUGGAGCUCUGCCAGCCGUGUGCUAUUGGCUAUUAUCAGAGUCACAAGCGGCAGACUACGUGUAACAAGUGCCCCGGGUCCACCAUCACACUGGAGGAGGGCGCUGACUCCAUCAGCAAGUGUGGAAUGCCAUGCGCACCAGGAACAUACUCUGCGACCGGAGUAGAGCCUUGUGCACCAUGCCCCGUCGGCACGUACCAGCCAGACAAAAUCAAAUCCGAAUGCAUCAAAUGCCCAUCACCAAAAACCACGUUUGGAACUGGCUCCGUGAAGCUUUCUCAGUGCGUAGUCAUCAACUUCUGUGACUCGAAUCCUUGUAAUAAUGGAGCCCAAUGCAACAACAUGGUGGACGGCUACAGAUGCAUGUGCAAGAGUGGAUUUACAGGAAAGAACUGUGAGGUUGAGGAGGAUGAAUGUACCACGAACCCAUGUGCUAAUGGAGGCGCAUGUGUCGACAAGAUCAACGGAUUUGUCUGCACGUGCCCAUCAGGGUUUACAGGACAAUUCUGUGAGAAAGCAACCGUCGACUGUAAACCAGGCGCGUGCCGCAAUAACGGCAAGUGUGUGGAGAUACCUGGUGGGUUCCAGUGUCUUUGCUCCGAUGGUUACGAAGGCGACUUCUGCGAGGUCAACACAAAUGAGUGCAAGAGUAGUCCGUGUCUAAAUGGCGGCAAAUGCACAGACGGAGUCAACAGUUUCACUUGCAACUGCCCGGCAGGGUACUCAGGGGGGAGGUGUGAGGACAAGACCAAUGGAUGCCGACCUGACUCCUGCCUGAAUGGCGCCACUUGUACCGAGACCUCUUACGGUCACAGAUGCGCAUGUGUUGCUGGAUUCAGUGGAAAUCGCUGUGAGACUGAUAUUAAUGAGUGUGCGAGCACUCCAUGCGCCAACAAUGGUCUUUGUGUGGAUAAGGAAGGAGGCUUCACUUGCUUGUGUAAACCAGGCUUUAGCGGAACAACAUGUCUGACAGCUGGCUCGACUGAUUUUGACCUUGAGUUCGGACGCGCCCAAGGACGCGGUAUGGCUGCGGUGAAUUCUCGUCAGGAGCUGCGAGCGUUCACUGUAUCAUUCUGGAUGAAGAGUGAAGGAUCCAGCAACAAUGAACCAGGGACGCCCAUCUCGUAUGCGGUCGAGGCCAGCGGCUCUGUUCUUGACAACGCGCUAACCAUUCACGACUACAAUGGUUUCAACGUCUGGAUCAACAACGAGAAAGCCUCGACCAACGUUGCCGCCAAUGACGGCAAGUGGCAUCACAUGGCAUUCACGUGGAAGAGCAGCACGGGCGCUUGGAAGGUGUACAAAGAUGGCACUAAUGUUGGAAGCAGUGAGGCUGCAUUCAUGAAAGACCAGGCGAUCCCAGCUGGCGGUGUGUAUGUCUUAGGUCAGGAGCAGGACAUCGUCGGGGGUAACUUCAGCGCAAGUGAGGCAUUCCUCGGGCACCUUAGCCAGAUGAACAUUUGGAACUACGAAAUCGACGAAAACGAGAUCAAGGAGAUGGGCCAACAUUCAGACCAUCGCCAAGGCAACGUAGUGGCAUGGAGCGACUUCUUGUUGAAACUGGACAGCAAUGUGCGCAAGAUUCAACCAUCGGCCAGCAGGCAAGCCAACAAAUGCUGGAGCAACUGGAUCGACAGGAAUGAUCCAACAAGCUCGGGCGACAGCGAAAGUGCCUCUGACGCAUGCGCGAACUCUGCCUCAUAUGACUGCCAGACGAAGGAUGGAAGAGGCUUGGAUGAGGUCAUCGUGACAGUCAAGUGCUCAGCUUCAGGAGUCACGUGCCUCAACAGCGAACAAAAGGACGGCAGGACCUGUCCGGAUUUAAAGUUUAGAGCCGUCUGUACCUGCCCAGCUACCCAAGCCUGCACGUCCAACACAUGUAGAAAUGGCGGAAAAUGCGUAAACCUACCACUCGGAUUCAAAUGCAUCUGCCCUGAGGGAUUUGAGGGAAGAUACUGUGAGACAGUUCUUAACUGCCCCAACCCUGGUUCUAUUGCAAACGGUCAAGUCAGGUUCUCGCGGUCAGCUCAGUCUGGCUCCUACACUUCGGGUACAGUUGCGACAUUCACGUGUAACAGCGGGUUUACCAGGUCUGGCCCGGCAAGUUCAACAUGCAGAUCUCGUAAAUGGCAGGGAGGAGUUACAAAGUGUCUUGAUGUAAAUGAAUGUCAAAUGAACAAGUGCCAACAUUCCUGUGAAAACUUUGACGGCGGCUACAAGUGCGCAUGCGCUAACGGCUAUGCUCUUAGGUCAGAUGGUACUUGUACGGAUAUCGACGAAUGCGCAACAAACAACGGGAAUUGUCAACAUAAAUGUUAUAACACAGCCGGAAGCUAUCGCUGCAUGUGUCACAGUGGAUACGCGCUGACGGCGGACAAGCACGCGUGUCAAGACGUAAACGAGUGUUCCGGUAACCAGGGGCGCGGAAACUGCCAGCACAUCUGUAUUAACGGCCUCGGCACGUCCAGCUGCGCCUGCAGGAGCGGGUUUACACUCAACUCAGACGGCAGGACAUGCAAGGAGAUCACAUGCCCCGCCCUGGCAGCACCAGCCAAUGGAAACAGCAGUCCCACUGGGGUGACAUCACUCGAUAGCGAUGUCCACAUUACUUGUAACGACGGAUUUAGGCUCGUGGGCUCAGCUACGCGAACAUGCCAGUCGGAUGGCCUGUGGUCUGGUCUGCAGCCAAGUUGCGUAGCCAUCAAGUGCGUGAUGCCGUCGGCGCCUAUGUAUGGCAGCAUAGUGGGCAGUAGCAGCAGCUUCAACAGUGUCAUCAAAUACACGUGCAACAGCGGCUACCGCGUGUCCGGUGGGGAUGCACAGCGGACAUGUGGCAAAGACGGCGAAUGGAGCGGUUCUCAGCCAAGGUGUAUAGCUGCCGCUUGCCCCGACCCGGUAGCUCCCGCCAAGGGUUUAGUGGUCGGCCUGCAAAGGAGUGUGGGGGAUACUGUACGCUUUGAAUGUCAGGAAGGAUACCGAGUAUCCGGCAAGGCCUACUCCGUUUGUCAAUCAAGCGGAUCAUGGGACAGCCCUACUCCAACUUGCGCAAUCGUGGAUUGUGGAAAGCCUCCAGCUCUUGCCAGCGGUAGUAUCGUUGGCUCAGUUUACACAUAUGGCAGUAAGAUCCAAUACAGAUGCAUUCAAGAUUGGCAUUUGUCCGGUCCGGCGGAGAGGGUCUGUCAGGCGGACGGCUUAUGGAGCGGCAAGGCGCCAGUUUGUCUCGAACGAAGCUGUGGGAACCCCGGCAACUUGGCUAACGGCAAGAGGACUGGUGAAGACUUCACCUACGGAAAGGUGGUGACGUUUACUUGUAACAGUGGUCACGUGAUGAGCGGGUCUUCUACCCGGACUUGCCAGACAAACGGAAAGUGGACCGGAACCCAGCCUACAUGUGAUCCUGCCAUAUGCGGUGAUCCAGGAGCACCCGUAAAUGGCGAAAAGACCGGAGCAUUUACCUACGGAAGCACACUUACAUACGAUUGCAUGCCGGGAUACAAGUUGGUUGGGGAUCGUCAACGCACUUGCCAAGCUAACGCCCAGUGGACUGGGUCACAGCCUCAUUGCACUGCCACCAGUUGUGGCGCUUUGAUGAAUGGUCCAACUGGUCAGAUCCAAUCGGAGAAUUUCCCUAAUGGAUACAGCGAUAACUCGUACUGCAGGUGGAAGAUCACUGUAAGAUCCGACCGCCAAGUCAUGAUCACAUUCAACACGCUGCAGACACAGGCCGAGAAGGACAAGAUCGAGGUCUAUGAUGGCCAGUCUGGCGAACUCAUCACCACGCUGUCUGGUGUCCACACCAAGCCUAUCUCUAUCACUUCUAACUCGAACGUCAUGGAUGUGCGAUUCUCGUCUGACGCCAAGGAUUCAGCUGUGGGAUUCCAGGCUUCGUAUCGAGAUGUCUCCUGUGGAGGAGUGGUUACCACGCUGGACAGCACCAUCCAAUCUCCAAACUUCCCGAACUACUAUCCUCUAAACGCUGACUGUGUAUGGGUGGUGAAACCAGGCCGGGCAUUCCAACUUGAGUUCGCGUCUUUCCACACCGAGGACAGCUAUGACUUCUUGAGGGGUUACGGCUCAAUCAAUUCAAACGAAAAAUCCGAGAGAGUAUUUGAAUACUCAGGAAAAUGGUUCAGAAUGGAGCAUUUCCAGGCGCCAUCAGGAGUCAUGAUGCUGCAUUUCCAUUCCAACUGGUACAACAGCAACUUCAACGGCUUCCAGCUCUCUGUUAGGAAAUAUCAAGUCAUCGUUGGCAAGAAGAAGAGAGAAAUUACAAUAUGAGAUCCUGAGGUUGUUCUAUAAAACGGUGAUGGUUAACAUCUACUUUGAAUAAUCAAGAUUAAUAAGGAAUAAAAACUGACAUGGAAUAAAAUUUUCAAGAAGUGAA